UCAUGAGGAAUUAGAAGUGUGAAUGGUCAUUAACACAUCUUUUGUUUUCCAGGGGUGGGAGAGGCCUGAGGUGUGAAUGGUCAUUACAAUGUGUGACAAGCUUGGUAGGAACAUCCUGUGUUCAGUGUUUUGUCCAUCUGAGUACCUUGAAAAUGCUUUACAUGCAUUUUCAUGAUGAAAAAGGCUCUGGACAGCAUUGGGAACUGGAAGAGUUAAUACAUUUUCAAAUGCAAACGCUUAUAAAUGCGAUUUGCCAUGUUUUGCGUUUGGAACACUGAUAAAAUCAACUGCUGAAAGCAAGUUUUCUGCGU